CUCAACGUUUGACAAAUCAAGAUGUGGUGGAAGAUCGCUGUAGUCAGCUGCCUUCUUAUCGGUGCUUCUCAAAUCACCGAGACAGCAGAAAAUGAUUCAAAAGUUGUUUGUUAUUACGACAGUCGUGCAUUUGUUAGGGAAGGUCUUGGCAAGGUUACUCUCGCUGACAUUGAACCAGGACUAGGACAAUGUACUCAUUUAGUCAUCGGAUUUGCCUCAAUCAAUGAACAAAAGCGUGUCGUAUCAUUGAAUCCACUUCGUGACUUAGAUCAUGGCAAUCGCUUGUACCGUGAAGCUACUUUCCUUCGAUCAAAGUUUCCAAAAUUGAAGGUUUUACUUGGCAUUGGUUAUGACGUUUCUGGAGAUCCUGAAAAAUGGUUGCAAAUGUUGGAAACAUCAACAGCUAGAAUUGCAUUUAUUAACAGUGCUUAUGACUUAAUUAAGACUUAUGCAUUUGAUGGAAUUGAUUUGGCUUUUGAGUUCCCAAAGAUCAAGGUUAAGAAGCAAAGAGGAUCUGUUGGUUCCUUCUUCUACUCCAUCAAAAAAGCCGUUGGAGCUGCUGGCAAGCCAGUCGAUGCCAAAUUUGAAGAACAUCGUGAAGAAUUCACAUCUCUAAUUCGGGAACUUAAAAACUCAUUUCGUCAUGAUGGCUAUCUUUUGUCAUUCACUCUCAACCCUAAUGUCAACUCGUCACUCUACCUUGAUGUCCCACAAAUCAUAAACAAUAUCGAUUGGGUCAACAUUGCAGCUUUUGAUGUCCAAACACCACUUAGAAAUAAAGAAGAGGCUGAUUAUGCAGCACCAUUAUACAAGCCAAGCGAAAGAAAUCCAGAAUUAAAUAUUGAUUUCCAAGUUACUGACUUGCUUGCUCGUGGCGUACCAACAAGUAAGAUUGUUGUUGGAAUUCCAACAUUUGCUCGUGCAUGGAAAAUUGAAGAUGGCGCAACUUCAACUGGAGUUCCACCUUUAAAAGCUGAUGGUCCAACUGAUGAAGGCAUUGAAAGUAAACAAGAAGGUUUGUUCAGCUACAAGGAAGUUUGCGGUAUGCUUACUAAUCCACAAAAUAAGGACUUGAAAGGUGAACGCGGACCAGUUCGUAAAGUUGGCGAUCCAUCAAAAAGAUUCACACCUUAUGGCUUCCGUUUGCCUGACAAGGAUGGAAAGUUUGGAUUGUGGAUGGCUUAUGAGGAUCCUGAUUCCGCUGGAAAUAAAGCUGCUUAUGUUCGUGGUAAGAAUUUAGGUGGUGUAUCCAUCAUGGACUUGACUUAUGAUGACUUCAGAGGAACUUGUACUGGAGAUAAAUUCCCAAUUCUUAAAUCUGCAAAAUAUCGAUUAAUGUAAAAGAUUUUUGGGGUUAAUCCUGAUAAAGUGUGACACUUUUUUUAUUAAUUGUAAUUUUUCAAAUAUUUUGCUAAUAAAGUGAUUAAGGCUCAUCUAGUUUCUUGAUGAUUUACAUUAUGGCACCUUUUUAAUGCAUGCUGAGGAUUUAAGAAGGAACAAGCUUAUAUUUUGUGACUUCAAAGCUUCCACAACCUUGUCGUAGUCAUCACAAGUUCCAUUUAUCUCGUUAUGAGUCACUUCAUACAAAUGUGGAUAAAAAGUAGUAAGCUUGUCAUAUCCAGCAUCAAAUCUAUCGACAGAUAUCUUCAUGAUGAGACUUUCCGUAACAGAUGCGAAUAAACUUGGUGAUAUAAAUUUUAUUGGAUUGUCCAAAAUUGAUAUAGCCUUCAAGCUUGUCAUUUUAUUAAAGCUAAGAGAUCCAAAAACUUUGAACUUAUUCGAGUUAAUGUUGAGAUCCUCCAGAGUAGAAAUUCCAGCAACACACAUCAAAUCGCUAAGCAAAUUUCCAGCAACAUUAAGAAACAAAAGAUUCACAAACUUAUCACAUCUGAUAUCUGAGAUAACAUUCAUGGAUGCAUUGACUGUUGUCGUUCCAGACUGAAUGAAAAGCGUGUCAAUUUUAUUUUCCGACACAUCAACGACAGGAACUCCGCAGGUUGGAAAAAUUCCAAAAAGUUGAUUUGAAUUUAUCGACAAUGAAAACAUUUCAAGUCUUGAUACUUCAUCGCAUUUGAUGGAUUUUAUGGAAUUUAAUGUAAAUGAUAAGGAUUCUGGUGACUUGAGGUUUUGUAGGACUUCCGAAAAAAUUUUGUUGGUGAUUCCACAUUUUGUAAAUGAAAAGAUGCUGACAGAUUCCAGAUGUUUUAGGGAUAAUAUCAAGCCAAGUGUCAAUUUAGCAUCAUUAAGUUCAAAAUAUGAAAUAUUAUUCAAUCCAGCAAAUGCCG